AAAUAAAGUGGAACAGAGGCAACAAGUUCCUAGUGCGGGAAAGCUAUGGCGGAAAUGGGCGGAGCUCAUUCUCAAACUUCAGUUCUUGCUCUGUCUUCGUCUCUCUAUCUUAUUCCUCUUGUAAAUGAAAACAGAGAAGACAACCGCUCAUCACAAAUCAAGCAGAAUCCGAAGAGAAAGCUGGAGGAUUACUUGGAUCCAGUUCUUCUACACACGAUCUCUUCCAGAAUCGGUCGAACGGAGACGAAGGAAAAGCAGAUGGAGAGGAAGGAUGUCUUCGUGAAUACAAAUCCGAGAAAGGAAUUCGAUUGGCCUGUUGACCGAUUGGAUCCACUAAUCAACGAUCCGAAUCGCGACACUGCGCGAGGUCAUUCCGGGGAAAAGACGGCGGAACACGGGAUACUUGCUCCGACCAUCCCGUCGUUGAGCAAACGCCGCCGAAGCGCUUUCCCGAUAUGGAUGGUGAAGGAUAACAAACUCGGCGCAGGAUAGCAAAUUUAUUGAAGCGAUAACGUGCGCUGAAUAUCGCCGAGGAAUUUGAUACGUCGCCGUUUCUUACUACAUAUUCAGUACAGUGUAUUGACGGAAUUUCAUUUACUCACACACAAGAA